AUGGCUUGCAAGGCAGCGGCAGCGACCGUAGACUCCACUUUCAUGUCUCUUAAGCUUUCCCCAGCUGAGGUCCGCUUCCACGUCUACCCGCCAUGCGAACCUGCCAACCCAGCUCCGAUCCGCUUCCACAUCUAUCUGCCGUUCAAAUCCGCUCUGCUGGCCCCGGUCUGCUUCCACGUCUAUCCGCCGUGCGGACCUGCCGAGCUGGUACCCUUUGCCUGCAAAGGGUCCGUGUUCAGAGCGCCAGUACAGGAGAGAAAAGUUUUCCAAGAAUUACUGACACACCAGGGCACUGUGGUAAAGACUUGCAGAGGGCUGAGGCAGACCCAUGUGUGUGCCUACCACAUAUGGAUGGGGGAAGAAGCCAGAGUCCCAUAUAAGUAAUUCCACAGGGUCUUUGGCUUCCCACACAGACCCCCAGAGACUCUCCAAAACCUCUUCUAUGAGCUGAGGAGCUUCUUGAGCAAAGUCCUUCAAAAAGGCCACAUCACAAACUGCAGUACCCAAGGCAAGCACCCCGAGGCUGUGCUGUUCAAGGCGGGUGCUUACCUGGGUGAAGCCACAGCCACCUGUGCAAGCACCAGCUGCAUCACCUUCUACUCCAAUUUCUCAUCCUGCAACGAGCGUUAACUCUGCUGCAUGAGGAAAAUGUUCAGCUUCCUGCUGAGGGGCAACCCCUCAUCACCCAGCUCGCCAGCAGGUACACAAAACUGACAUCAAAUUAACCUAACAGGAAUUAAAACAUACUUUAGAAUGGCCUUUCCCCAGAGAAUGCAAGGGAACUCAGUUGGACAGCAGAAUCUAAAGGCUUUUUCCUCUCUCAGACCAGCCUCCCAAGAGCCUUUUCAAGCCAUGGAAGGCAGUCUCCUUCCUCUGAUGUCUUCAAGCCAAGGAGGGCUAUUCCCAGGUGCAUUUCUGCCCUUUGAGAGGGAACAGCUGUAUCCCAGACUCAGAAAGAUAAGGCAUUUAAAAAUGCCAAAGGACUAA